GCAUAAUUUUCAGGUAAGGAGCAAGAUGCAUUCUGUUCAAGUGAAAACGGAGGCCUCAGCGUCAUCAUUACGGCAACAGCAGGCCUCAUCCAUGGGGAGACUAGGGAGUAAUACGGAUCAUGCAAUCAAACUCGCAGAGCUGCUUAUGCGAGCAUCUGUCGUCAUCAAGGAGGAACGUCUCAGAUCAACUACCCUCGCAGUACGCAAUGACCAGCUCAGUGUUGUGUUGGAGGGCUUUCUUCGGGAAAAUUUUGAGAGCCGAGAUUCUCUAGCUGCUGUGCGUCAGUGUCUACACAAGAGCACUGCACAAUUAGGACAACUUCAGGGUUCUUGCACUUCAAUAUCAAACCCAAUUGACAGUCACCAAAUGCUGGAAAACAGUGCUAAAACGGGUAUUAAAAACUCAACUACAUCACACCAGUUGAUAAUAUGCAAUGAACUACAGAAAGAUGCAUGCGCAGUUACCACUGCCGAUGUUGCUUCCAUAGCAGCUACACGGCUGCGUCGCGCCUUAGUUCCUGCACCGAACAAACAGCAGCUUGGUGAAGUGGUAGAUGUUAUGGUCAGAGCUUUGCAUAAAGAUCUAAAGCAGAAGGUAUCCAGCAGAGAAUCCCAACUACCGCUGAAGGUCAGCACAACGGCAUCAAAACUUCAUUUCCAUCGACUGAAAGCAUGCAUGUACCUUUUCGAGUUGACCUGCUCUAAUACCACAUUUGAAUCUCUUCCGUGUAGUGGUAGUACUUACGGGCGCACACGUGAGAGAGACUCGGUCUCCGUAUAUUUAUAUCCCUCAAACACAAAUAUUACCAAACACACAUUCCCUAAGACGAGGAAAAGGCAGCAAGUACUCAACUUUGCCAUACACAGUGAUCAGCUUUGCAUACUCAGAGGGGGAGGUCACGUAAAUGCAUUAGAAUACUUUGAAAGGGAGCUUCAUGCUUGGUAUAAUGGGCUCGCAAAGGUCUCGGCGUCUUGACUUGCGAACUUUUGUAUAAAAUUGAAGAUGAUAUCAAAGAGAAAGGCCCUGUUGCAAACAUAUGACAUAUUAUGGAUAGAUAUUAAUUUGUAGGAAAACA